UUUUUUAAAUCCUUUAUGGUAUUUACGAGUGAAGAAUUAAAACAAUGAAAAGUGUUAAUUUUCAAGAACUGUUAUAUUUCCUUUUUGGUUUUGCAUGUGGCUUCAUUGUACUAACACUAUUUUCGCAAAGUUAUCAAGCUUUAAUAGCUAAUCAACGAAUUAAUUCCAGAAAUUUAAAACAUCAAUCAUAUAAUAUAUCAAGUGAUGCUCAAAAAUAUGACCAUGAGCUUUCAGAUAGGCUUUUUAAUGAAAUUAAAAUACUAUGUUGGAUUUUCACACAUCCUGAUAAUCACAAAAAGAAGUUACCACAUCUUAAAAAUACAUGGGGAAAGAAAUGUAAUAAAUUAAUUUUUAUGAGUAUAAAAGAUGACCCAGCUUUUCCAGAGAUUAUAGUGAUCCCAGUAGAAAAUGGAAGAGAACAUUUGUGGAAUAAAACAAAACUCACAAUGGAGUAUGUUUACAAGAACCAUUUAAAUGAUGCUGACUGGUUCAUGCGUGCAGAUGAUGAUAAUUUUGUUCUAAUGGAAAAUCUUCGCUACAUGCUCUAUCAAUAUCAUCAUCAAACGUCUUUAUAUAUAGGAUGUAGAUUUGCAAUAAAAUAUCCAAAAGUUGAAGAGGGUUAUAUGGCAGGAGGUUUUGUUUUACUAUUAUAUUUGAAAUUAAUGAUUUUUUUUUUUAAUUUUUCCUUUUCUUCUGAAGGUGGACAUAUAUUUUCCAAAAAAGCACUAAAAAAAUUUAACGAAAUCUCAAUACAUAAUGCAUCUUUAUGUCCUCAAGAUGAUUCUUCAUUAGAUGAUGUUUUUAUAGGUCAAUGUUUAAAAAAUCUCGCAAUUUUUCUUGACGGACGAGACCAAUUUGAUCAAAAAAGAUUUUUUCCUCUUUCACCUGAACAACAUUUCAAACCAGCUUUAGAUCCAACAUUUUGGUACUCACAAUAUUUGUGGCGUAAUGUUUCUCAAGGUGGUCUUCAAUGCUGUUCUGAUACCUUUAUCAGUAAGCAUUAUACGAGUCCAAAAGAAAUGCAUACACUCCAAUAUUUGAUUUAUAAUGUUCAUCCAUAUGGACUGCAAAAAAAUUUGACAGAAAUUCUCCCAAGAAAACUUUCAAUCAAAGAACUAAUUAGGCUAUCGGACGAGAAAAGUUUUGCUCCAAACUAUAAACAACACAAAAUAAUUCAUAACAUCGAUGAUGAUGAAAAAUACAGAUGACAAUAGUCAAAUAUUUUUAAAUUUUCAACAAUAUUUUUUUUAAUAAAUAUAAAAAUCAAUAAAAAUAAUCUCAUUACUUCUAAUUGAGGAUUUCAAAUAGG